AUGGGGGCUCGGCUGGUUCAUGCUCGUGGAGCUGCUGUGAUCUUCGGUGCCUUGGUUGUGCUCUCGGCCGUCGUCAGCUUCGGUGCGGCCGCGCUGACGCCGACGGUCGUGGUUGGCUCCGUCAAGUGCUUGGACUGCUCCCCCAACGACGUCAAUGCUGAGGAAGCCUUCAAGGGGCUUCUAGUCGCCGUCAAGUGCAGGUCCGGCGCUGGCGAGACCUACCAGACGCAGAUGCUCGGCCUCCUCGACGACAAUGGCGCCUUCAACAUCCCGCUCGUGCCUGGCAUCCAGCGCGACGACGGCGAGUUGGGCCAAGACUGCUUCGCCCAGCUCCACAGCGCGCCUGACACGCCGUGCGCCGGGCUGGCGCCGCCCAAGAUCGGCCCCAGCAGCCAAGGCGCCGGCUACCUCGCCGUGGCCGACGGCACGGUCUUCUCGCCCGUCGCGUGCCUGUGCAAGAAGAAGAAGAAGCACUUCAUGAUGGGUCCCCCGCCGCCGCCUCCGCAGCCCAGGCCGGAGCCGUCGUACGGCCCCCCGACGCCCACGCCCACUCCUCCGACUCCCUCGUACGGCACCCCUACGCCAAAGCCUCCGGCGCCACCGGCGCCACCGGCGGAGGACGAGCCGGAGCCCUUCUUCCACAAGCACCCCAAGAUGAAGAAGCUCAUGCACAAGAAGAAGCCGUGCCCGCCGCUAGGCGAGGAAGACAAGCAGCCCAAGAACUGA